AUGGCAUACCAGCACUCUUCUGACCUGAUUCGAUGUCAAAUCCGAUCUCGUCAUAAAUCGCAAACGAAAUACAACAUAUGGAUCCAGUACUCAGUUACCGAACAAUCACCAAUACAGAAUUACUACUGUACGUGUCCAACCGGUCAGAGGACUGUUGGAUGUGAUUUCCAAGCCACUCCAGUAGGAUGUGAUAUCCGAGCCACUCCACUAGGAUGUGAUCUCCGAGCCACACCACUAGCAUGUGAUAUCCGAGCCACUUCAGUAGGAUGUGAUAUCCUAGCCACUCCAGUAGGAUGUGAUCUCCGAGCCACUCCAUCAGGAUGUGAUAUCCGAGGCACUCCAGUAGGAUGUGAUCUCCGAGGCACUCCAGUAGGAUGUGAUCUCCGAGCCACUCCAGUAGGAUGUCAUCUCCGAGCCACUCCAACAGGAUGUGGUCUCCGAGCCACUCCAGUAGGAUGUGAUCUCCGAGCCACACCAGUAGGAUGUGAUCUCCAAACCACUCCAGCAGGAUGUGAUAUCCGAGCCAAUCCAUCAGGAUGUGAUCUCCGAGCCACUCCAGUAGGAUGUGAUCUCCGAGCCACUCCAGUAGGAUGUGAUCUCCGAGCCACACCAGUAGGAUCCACUCCACUAGGAUGUGAUAUCCGAGCCACUCCAGUAGGAUGUGAUCUCCGAGGCACUCCAGUAGGAUGUGAUCUCCGAGGCACUCCAGUAGGAUGUGAUCUCCGAGCCACUCCAUCAGGAUGUGAUCUCCGUGACACUCCAGUAGGAUGUGAUCUCCGAGCCACUCCAACAGGAUGUGAUCUCCGAGUCACACCAGUAGGAUGUGAUCUCCGAGUCACACCAGUAGGAUGUGAUCUCCGAGCCACUCCAGUAGGAUGUGAUCUCCGAGCCACUCCAGUAGGAUGUGAUCUCCGAGCCACACCAGUAGGUUGUGAUCUCCUAGCCACACCAGUAGGAUGUGAUAUCCGAGCCACUCCAGUAGGAUGUGAUCUCCGAGCCACACCAGUAGGAUGUGAUCUCCGAGCCACACCAGUAGGAUGUGAUCUCCGAGCCACACCAGUAGGAUGUGAUCUCCGAGCCACUCCAGUAGGAUGUGAUCUCCGAGCCACCUCAGUAGGAUGUGAACUCCGAGCCACCUCAGUAGGAUGUGAUCUCCGAGCCACUCUAGUAGGAUGUGAUCUCCGAGCCACUCCACUAGCAUGUGAUAUCCGAGCCACUCCACUAGGAUGUGAUCUCCGAGCCACACCAGUAGGAUGUGAUCUCCGAGUCACACCAGUAGGAUGUGAUCUCCGAGCAACUCAGGUAGGAUGUGAUCUCCGAGCCACUCCAACAGGAUGUGAUCUCCGAGCAACUCCAGUAGGGUGUGAUCUCCGAGCCACACCAGUAGGAUGUGAUCUCCGAGCUACACCAGUAGGAUUUGAUCUCUGA